CAGCCCUUGACUCUGUCGCAUCAUGUCUCACUCUACGUUGACUGACCUCCAGGCAUGCCACGAAUUCGUAUCCCAAGCUUCUCCUCAGCAAAUUGCUGCCCAAUUGAGGCGGGAUAAAGAAGCAUGUCGCAUCGAUGGCGGCGUACCCUCCCUGCUGGCAUACUCUCUUCCUCAAAAGCGACAGGCCGACCAAAUUGCACUGGCACUAGCAGAAGAUGAUCGAAUACCACUUCCUAUCGCACGAAUGCUGUACACCGACCUGGUCUCUUCGAUCAAGGCUUACCUCGCCAACAUGGAGCGUCCGAGGGAGAGCGUCCCAGACCACAUGGUCCCGACGGACGAGGAAUUCACGGCUGCCCUAAAGGUCCUGCGAUACCUCCAGCUUCCCCAUGUCUCCGCCAUUAAAAGCCCCUGCACGCCGCUGGACAAGGUUGUCCAGACCAUCCAUGCACAUUUGCGUCAUGGCGAGCAGUUUCGGCACGCAGAUGUUAAGCCGCUCAAACACAAGCUCUGCUACAUUUGCCGCUACAAGGUCAGACAUACCCACCGAUUGUAUCCAUCUCUUUGCAACCCUUGCGGAGAGUUCAACAUCUCCUCGUCGGCACUAUCCCUUCCUCCGAAUCUGGCUCUUGACGGAAAGACCGCUUUGGUGACUGGUGGGCGCAUUAACCUGGGCUACCAUACCGCUCUACGUCUCCUACGGUGCGGAGCCAAAGUGAUCGUUUCGUCGAGAUACCCAUUCGACGCCGAGCAAAGAUACCUGGCAGAGGCAGAUGCAGAGUUGUGGAAAGGCAGGCUGAAGAUCGUUGGAGCGGAUUUCAGAUCUGCCAAGGACGUUUUUGCGCUGGUUGGGACGGUGAAGAGAUGCUGCCAUGAGUGGAAGGACGGGUCAGAUUCGCCAGCGUUGAACAUUUUAAUCAACAACGCUGCACAGACAUUGACAGACUCGGUAGAGAAGGAGGCGGAGAGCAUUCGAAGGGAGGGAGAAUUCGAAAGUCGGCAGGAUGGAGCUGGUUUAGUGACGGGGGCGACGUACCAGGCGAGAGUCAGAGGCGGAUACCAGGGCUAUUUGAUGGCCUCGAAUUCGAGUUCGCGAUUGAUCGAAGGAUCUGAGGAGGCAAUGGUGGGCUCUGAAUUGGUCUCUAACGGUGAUUCAGCCCUCGCCGUACCUACGAUCAAAUCUUCCUGGACCCAAACCAUGUCCGAAAUCCCAUACGAAGACGUCAUCUCUGCACACAGCGUCAACACCUUCGUCCCUUUCAUUCUCUUACGCGAGCUACUCCCUCUUAUGGGUCGUUCCAAGUCGUCCACCUCCACCUCAACGUCGUCUAAAUCCAGCAUCCCAUCCGGCUACAUCAUCAACGUCUCCUCCCGCGAAGGUCUCUUCGAGAAGAACCCGAAGUCCACCGCCAAGAAUGGACUACACGUCCAUACCAAUAUGUCCAAGGCCGCGUUGAACAUGCUCACCGAAACGGAAGCCUCAACUGCGUGGCAAAAGUACAAGGUGGCGAUCAACUCGGUGGAUCCUGGGUAUAUGAGCGCGGACCCGAUGUUUAUGGAGAUGCUUGGGAGGGACACUACCACUGUGGAAGGGCAGUGUCCGAUUGGAUGGGAGGAUGGGGCCGGGAGGGUGCUUUGGCCCAUUGCAAAAGGCGAGAAGGGAGAAGCUGUCUGGGGCCGGUUCCUCAAGCACUUCAAGGAAGUCUCAGUCGGGAGGUGA